AUGGCAGGCGACGACCACUACCUCACACUCCAGUGCCCGGACAAGGCAGGCAUCGUGUACGCCGUAACCGGCCUCCUAGCAAAAGAAAACCUCACCAUCCUCGACCUCCAGCAAUUCUCCGACCCAGACUCCAAAACCUUCUUCAUGCGCGUGCACUUUGGCCACGCCGCCGACCUGUCCGCCCUCGAAACCUCGAUGCAGCAACUAGGCGCGGAAAUGCAAAUGGACUACCAAAUCCGCCGCGUAGACGCCAAACCACGGGUCCUCAUCAUGGUGUCCAAAAUCGGACACUGUCUAAACGACCUCCUCUUCCGCGUCAAGUCUGGUCUGCUGAAAAUCGAGGUCCCAGUCAUCGUCUCCAAUCAUCCGGAUUUCGCACAGGUCGCGCGGAACAAUGGUAUCGAGUUCCAUCACCUCCCCGUCACAAAGGACACCAAGACCGAACAGGAAUCCCAAAUCCUCGACCUCAUCGCUCAGCACAACAUCGAUCUCGUCGUGCUCGCCCGCUACAUGCAAGUCCUCUCCCCACGCCUCUGCACCGAAAUGUCCGGCAAGAUUAUCAAUAUCCAUCACUCGUUUCUGCCGUCUUUCAAGGGCGCGAAACCCUACCACCAGGCGUAUGAGCGGGGCGUCAAGAUUAUCGGGGCUACGGCGCAUUUUGUCACGGCGGACUUGGACGAGGGCCCGAUUAUCGAGCAGCGCGUGGCGAGGGUCGAUCAUGCGCUGAGUCCCAAGGAGUUGGUCGAGGAGGGGAGUAAUGUCGAGAGUCAGGUUUUGGCCCAUGCGGUCAAGUGGUGGAGUGAGAAGCGGGUGUUUCUGAAUGGCGUCAAGACGGUGGUGUUUAACUAG